AUGAUAUCUCAAUAUUUUUCUCUAGUAUUUUUAUCUCUUUUCCUUUUCUUCUUCUCUAGUUCGACGAAAAAUUCAGCUACUCCCAUUUCCUUCCCUCCGUCUCCGUCUCCGAUUGAAAUUCAAUUAGCUUGUAAAGCUUCACCGGACCCGCCAACAUGUGAAUCCGCAUUAACGGAAUCUUCACACAUUCCGUCAAAUCUAACGGCGUUACAAAUCAUCCUCUCCGCGUUAAGCGUUUCAUCUCACAACCUCACGAAUGCUCAAUCAAUGGUGAAGAAUCUCCUCGACUCCGCCGCCGCCGGAGACGUCAACCUCACCGGCGCCGCGAAAAAUUGUUUACAAGGACUGGGUAAUUCGGUGUACAGGUACAAUCUGACGGCUGCUGCAUUGCCACGUGGAGAAAUCAAGGAUGCUCGAGCAUGGAUGAGCGCCAGUUUGGGUUACCAAAUCGGCUGCUCAUCGAAUUUACUGAGAGUAAACGGAACCCUACCGGUGGCGAAAACGUUAGAGGUGAUAAAAGGUUUAAUUGGAUUUACUACAAAUGCGUUAUGGAUGAUGGUGAAUUAUGAUAUCCACGGGAAUAAAACCGGCUCGUGGGCCCCACCUAAAACGGAGCGAAACGGGUUUUGGGAAGUUGUGUCAGGAUCCGGAUCCAGGUUUAGAGGUGGGGUGCCCUCGGGGUUGAGCCCAAAUGUGACGGUUUGCAAAGAUGGUAGUUGUAAUUACAAGAUGGUUCAAGAGGCAGUAAAUGCAACCCCGGAUAAUUUGGGAUCCGAGAAGUUUGUUAUACGGAUUAAAACCGGGUUAUAUGAUGAGAUAAUUCGAAUACCCUUGGAGAAGAGAAAUGUGGUGUUUUUAGGUGACGGAAUGGGUAAAACCGUCAUUUCAGGAUCGUUGAGUGUGGGCCAAACACCUGGAAUGUCCACUUAUGAAUCUGCCACAGUUGGAGUAACUGGUGAUGGAUUCAUGGCUAGUGGUUUAACAAUCCAAAACGCAGCUGGUAUAGGUGCAGGACAAGCAGUAGCUUUUCGGUCUGAUAGCGACCAUUCAGUAAUUGAAAACUGUGAAUUUCUUGGGAAUCAAGACACACUCUACACACAAUCAUUACGACAGUACUAUAAAUCAUGUCGAAUUCAGGGGAACGUAGAUUUUAUUUUUGGUAACGCGGCUGCAAUUUUUCAGGACUGUGAAAUCCUAGUCACUCCCCGGGUAGUUAACCCCGAAAAAGGUGAAACUAAUGCAGUAACUGCUCAUGGUAGAUUAGACCCUGGACAAUCAACAGGAUUCGUAUUUCAAAAUUGUUCGAUCAACGGAACGAAAGAGUACAUGAUUUUGUAUCGUAGUAAUCCGAAUGUGCAUAAAAAUUACCUCGGGAGGCCUUGGAAGGAGUAUUCAAGGACAGUUUUUUUGAAUUGUAAUUUAGAAGUUCUGAUCCGCCCUGAGGGCUGGAUGCCAUGGAGCGGCGAAGUUGCUCUCGCGACGCUCUAUUAUGGUGAAUAUAAAAGUAGUGGUAAUGGAGGUAAUGUAACAGGAAGAGUGCCAUGGAGUAAUCAAAUUCCAACUGAACAUGUUGAGUCUUACUCAGUUAAAAAUUUUAUUCAAGGGGAUAAAUGGAUACCUCCAUCUUCUUAUUAAGAGGCUCUUCUAUAGGCUUUUACAAAUUUAGUGAACUUUCUUUUACAUAAA